UGCCGGUGGCCUAUUUCAUCGCAAGAUCAGUUGGAAUCAUAAGUGAGAGAGUUGGACAAAAACUUUGUCAGUCUUACUGUCAUAGAAAAUCAGAAAAAGAAAAAAGUAAUGGAGUUGGGACGUUUUUGGUGGUGGGUAGUGUUAAUUUUGGUUCAAUUAGGUAUGAAUGGGUGCUUUGGUUGCUGGGAGCAAGAGAAAGCAGCUCUCUUGCAACUCAAAGCUUCCAUGAACUUCACAGCUGAUAUAGAUCCUUUGCGAACUUGGAACUCAACCAACAAAAAUAGUGAUUGCUGUGAUUGGGAGAGAGUGAAGUGCGACAACACUACAGGGCAUAUAAUCCAACUUGAUCUUUAUGAUAUGAUCCGUUUGGGUAGGGAAGAUUGGUGUUUAAAUGCCUCUUUGUUUCUUCCCUUUGAAGAGCUCCAGCACCUCGAUUUGGAUGCUAAUUGGAUUAGUAGAUGGGUCCCAAAUGAAGGUUUUGAAAGAUUCUCAGCGUUGCGCAAGCUGGAGAUGCUUUACUUGGCUAAUAACAAUUUCAACAACAACAUCCUGUCAUCGCUCAGUGGAAUUUCUUCGCUGAAGCUACUAUAUUUGAGUUAUAAUAAAUUGAAUGGAUCAUUCCACAUCCCAGCAUUUAGCAACUUGGAGGACCUCUACUUGGAUGACAAUGAGAUCGAUGACUUCGUGACAACAACAACAAAAGGUUCAAACAACUUACCUAAGCUGCAAGUCCUAGAGUUGGGUUGGAACAAAGUUAAUGCACGAAUUUUCAAGUCAUUGACCACCUUCACAUCAUUGAAGAUCUUAAGAAUGAGAGGAAACAAUUUGGAAGGAUCGUUUACAAGUUACAACUGAAGGUAAAUUGUACCAUGGACAUUUUACGGUGGUGUUGUUUUGCAUUUUUCUUUUUCGUCGUUACUGACAUAAUCUCAAAAAAGCAGAAGCUAUAAUAAAACAUUUUUUUAUUAUUAAAUAUUGUUCAUUUUUUCUGAAACAAAAUAUAUUGAAAAUAAAUGAAACUGAGCUUUUUCUUUUCUUUUCCCUUUUUUUUUUUUUUUUUUUUUUUUUUUUUUUUUUUUUUGGUUAUAGGGAAGUCAAAUACAGAGAGCUAACUCACACUUUUUUUUUCCCCCUUACCAUCAUGCUUUAUUUUGGUCGAACUUGUUUUCCAAUUCCUUUAAUAUUCUCAAUAACUAUUUGCAUUCCCGCCAAUAAAAAGCUUCUAAUUCAAUCAUUAUUUGCACAUAUUUUAAGACCAUUCUCAUUUGUUAAUGCUAGUUUACAAUUGUAAUAGGGGAACACACCCUAUAACAUGGUCAUGGUGCAACCUCCUCACAGGCGUAAUAGACCCCACUUGGUACCUAGUGUUACUUCAUAUUCAUAGGAAUUGUUAUUCUGUAGAUGAUUUUUAAUGAAAUAGUAUUUGUGUAAGGAUAUAUCUUUUCCCAACUUAUUGGAAAACAUUUCGGUUAGAAAGUACUCGAAUCAUCACAAAGAGGAAAGGCAAUCUUUGUGACAUCUUUAGAUUCGAUCGAAGAGGACCCUAGCGAGAAAGAGGAGAAAUUUCGAGCGGCAUAUACUACAUCGAUCCCACUGUUGGAUACGUUUCAAGGAAGUCUGUCGCUAUAGGUAGAGAUCCAACCGUUAUCGCCGAUUCAAGUUCCUCAACUACCCGUUCAAGCCUAAUCACUAGUCCAAUGAGAUCGCGAGGCCCACAACUCUUCCAAUCCUUUGUUGAUUGAGUCUGUGAAGAAAGAAGAAGGAAACCAACCCAAAAGGCAAAAUGACACCAUUUUUGGUGGUCUUCAUCCAAUCAUAAAAUCUAAGCCGGUUCAUGACACCAAUUCGAUCCAAGUUCCUUAACUUGGUUCUUCAAUUAAGCUCACAAUCAAAAUUAAACUCACAGCAUGCAAACUAAUUAUAUAGCAAACCCAAACCCCAAGCUCAAUUUAAAGCUCUGUUGAAAAAUUGAUUUAGGCCAAAUCAUUAAGCCCAACCCUACACAAAAACACAACCCAUAUGGUAGAACUGUUCUACAACUCGAUUCACAGCCUAGUGUGGAAACUAAACAGCAAACCGGUUUGGUUCGCCUAACCAGAUUCCCAGAAUCAUACAAAAAGUUUCAUAUUGUAAGGGUGUAUUAGAAGUGUUCAUGAAUUGUACAAUACAUAGAUGCAUAUCAAUUGAAUGAUAUCAUAUCAUAUGUAUCGGGAGAUACAUGAAAACUUGGUUUAAAAUGGAUUCUUUUACUAAAAUUUGGGUUUUAACUUGAGCCCAAAUGCUUUUCUACUUGUUUUUAGAUAUAAAAAUUGGGCCACUACUACUUAAGCUCAAUACAAAGACCUAGCAUGAG